AAGACUUUAUAAGGGAGUGUCCCUUACAAAGAGAGGAAAGGGGAGCUGCUAAAAUUGAAGCCUGAGGCAGAACAUUCACAAACAAUAAUCUGGCUGGGGAGCCUAAAAGCAGCUCAGCCUUUCCGGGACGCUGCUGCCAUCCCAUCUCUGGCACCAAGACAACCGAGACAACAAAUCUCUGGCUAAGAGACACCACUGACCACACAGCUGUCGGAGCACAGAGCUGGGCUGCAAGGCUGUCCUGUGGGGAUGAGGGUCUUUAUUACCAUCCUGAUGGCUGUCCUGCUGUGUCUGGAUCAAGGGAGUGAACAGAAGGAGACAAAGUCAAUAGAUGAAAGCACAGAUGAAGAUUACGACUAUAAGGAUGAUGAUGAUGAAGAUGAUGAUGAGGAUGAAGUUGAAAUCAAGCACAUUCCCUAUGAAGGCUCCCUGGAAUGCUACACCUGUGAGUCAGAAUCCAUUGAGGAGCGCUGUAAUAAGAUCCAAACCUGCUCACCCUCUCAGACCUUCUGCAAAACCAUCAUCACUAGAGGGAAUGCAGACUCCAACUACUUUACCACCUUUUCGGCAUGGUGUUCAGAUACCUGCAAAGAAGCCACCAAGAUUAUAGAAGGGACUCACGUCACCGUGAACUGCUGCCAAUUUGACAUGUGCAACCCCUUAUCGUUGGAAGGCCAAUCCCCAGACAUGAAUUCAAAGACAGCCAAUCGUGGGGGCAUCCUUACAGGUGUGGGGAUGACCAUCAUGAUCAUGCUGCUCUGCAGCUGGAUGGGGAAGGACCUUUGAAAGGAGAUCUCCCCCCUCCAAGAGUUCCCCUCUGCCCUGUUACCCCACUUCCUUUGCCCCUGACCCUAAUUCUACCCACCACAAGGAAGAGAUCUCCUGUCCCAUAAUGUCUCUAAUUCUUCUCCCUCAGGCCAAUGUUCUAAAGUCCUUUGUUUCUGUAACACUGUGUUCCACCAAAAUCGUUUUCAGCUCUAACAUUUUGCUUUAUUAUCAAACCUCUGCCUCUGAUGUGGUAGGUUCUAAAGGCCUUUUCAGCUCUAAUGUUCCAUGUUAUAUGUUCUCAGAUCCUAUGUUCUAUGAUCUAAGCUCUCUCUCUCAGCUCUGACUUUUCUAUAUUUGGUGUUCUAAAGUCUUCUGGCUCUAAUAUUCUACAAUUUUAUGACUUUCUCAAAUGAGAGGAGACCUGAAGAAGGAGAAGGGUCUCCCUUAGGCUAGCUCUGUCUCCAGAAAACCAAGUUCUAGGGCAGAAGUAUGACUCAGAUAUAUAUGAAUUAUACUCAAGUCUCUGUUGCCAUCUUCCUACCUGGGUCUUCCUGUAAGGAAGAGGAAAAGCAAAGGCAUUGAGAGACAAUCUGGAGACAAGCUUCUGUAUCCUAGAAGCAGCACUCUGUCCUUUUCUAAUGCCAGUUAGCCACAUGGGAUUGUAGAACAAGAAUCUAAUCAUGAGGGUCAUGGGAGGACAAAACAUUGUGGGCCAAUCAUUUUUGAUAGAAAUCCCAAGGACCUCAAAACAUUCUAGCCCUUUAUUGGUCCUACACAUACUUCCUCUAUCCCCAUAUGUCUUUCCAAGUGGUCUUGUCUUCAUGAUUAGAUAGUAAUAAAGUUUUGAAUUCCUUAAUAGGCAGCAGCAUUUAAACUCCCCAAUGACACGAGCAUUUGACAUGCCCCUGCUCUUCUCUGAAUUGUGAGAAAUUAGGACCAACAUAGUACAAUGAAAGCUUGGAAAGGCAGUAACACAUAUUGGGGGCACAAUUUUUGAAAUUUGUCAGAGGUGCACAAAUGCUUUGCAAUUUCUUCAAAUUGGAUGUUAAAAAGAGUCAAAGAAUUCAAAACUGGAAGGGACUUUAGAGAGAUUCAAACCCUUCCCACUCCUGUUUUAUUUAUUCACUUUUUCCUAACAUGUGAGGAGAUAUUUUGUUUUAAUAUAACAAUUGUUACCUAGCAAACAAACCCACUUAUAAGAUAUAUUCCCUGAAAAACAGCUUAUCAAUUGUUUCUUCCUCCCAUUUAAUAACUUUUAUUUAUGUAUUAGUAAUGUGAGAAUCAUUUCCCAGUAUACAACUUCCCCAAUUAAUUUUCUUUUGUAACACAGAAAAGUUGAAGUCAAACUACAAAGCAAGUAUGUAAUAGUAUAUAUAGAGAGAAAUAUAAAGACAGAUAGAUAUAUCACUUUUUACCUGUACUGUUCCACCUCUCUGCUCAAAGAAAGGAAAUGUUUUCCUCCUCUUUUCUAGGACCAGAACUGGUUGGUUUAAUUAUUAUGACUUCAGAAGCUUUUUAAUGUUGUUUUGUUUACAUUUUUGUAGUCAUUGUAUAUAUUGUUUGCUUAGCCCUAUUCUUUUCACUCAACAUCAAUUCAAGUCUUCCCAUUUUUCUCUGAAUUCUGUAUAUUUGUUAUUUCUUAUAGAAUAAUAAUAUUCCAUUAUGUUAAAAUACCAAA